UGGGCUGAGGGGCCGGCUGCGUACAGUAUUGACGGCCGCGCGGGACCGGUCACAUGACCAUAGCGGCUGCCUGUACAGUAAGAACCCAAUAUGGCAGCAGCGGUAGCAGUGGCAACGGCAGCAGGAGGAUCGGCCGCCCCAUAAACCCCCCCGCGCACCUCCCCCGCCGCUUCCUCUGCUAGGUUGCUCCUCCGGCCUGACUUCCCCUUUCUCCCACCUUUCCCGGCACCGCGGGAAAAGCAGCACAGGGCAGAGAAGGCAGGGAGGGCGGCCGGAGCCGGGACACGGGAACCUCCUAGUCCAGUUCAAGACCCGACAUGAGGGAAAAGGGCCGUAGGAAGAAGGGCAGGACCUGGGCGGAGGCCGCCAAGACGGUCUUAGAAAAAUACCCCAAUACACCUAUGAGUCAUAAAGAAAUUCUUCAAGUUAUCCAGAGAGAAGGACUAAAAGAAAUCAGUGGGACUUCCCCUCUUGCCUGCCUGAAUGCAAUGCUCCACACAAACUCCCGAGGUGAAGAGGGUAUCUUCUAUAAAGUUCCAGGUAGAAUGGGAGUAUAUACUUUAAAGAAAGAUGUGCCGGAUGGGGUGAAAGAGCUAUCAGAAGGUUCAGAAGAAAGCAGUGAUGGUCAGUCAGAUUCCCAGAGUUCUGAGAACAGCAGCAGCAGCAGUGACGGUGGCAGCAACAAAGAGGGGAAAAAGAGCAGGUGGAAAAGGAAAGGACCCACUUGGAUAAUCCAGGUUGAUCUUCUCAUCUCAAGAUACUUAAUUGCAUCUGCCAAGACCCUUUCCCCAAAUAAAGUAACAUUCACAGGCUCUGGGAAUUGGAUGUGGACAUAUCUUUUUGGUGGCCACCAUUAUCAGCCCACUGCAGUAUCGUCUAGACUGUCACAGCCAUCCUCCCCACAUUCAGGCUGCCCAUCGCCCACCAUUCCAGCAGGUAAAGUCAUUUCUCCAUCACAGAAGCACAGCAAGAAGGCACUAAAGCAGGCUUUAAAGCAACAACAGCAAAAGAAGCAGCAGCAGCAAUGCAGACCAAGCAUGUCCAUCUCCUCCAACCAACACCUUCCUCUCAAGUCUGUCAAAUCCAGUGAUUCUGCUACUGCCAAACCUGCAAUAUGGGAAGGAAAGCAAUCUGAUGGACAGUCAAGCAGCCCCCAGAAUCCAAACUCCAGCUUUUCUUCCUCAGUUAAAGUGGAAAGUCCCUUACUAGGCUUAGGGAAGAAGUCUUUCCAGAGGUCUGACAGACUCCAUACAAGGCAAAUGAAAAGAACUAAAUGUGCUGAUAUUGAUGUUGAGACACCAGACUCCAUUCUAGUUAACACAAAUCUUCGAGCACUGAUCAACAAACACACUUUUUCAGUCCUUCCUGGAGAUUGCCAACAGCGACUGCUUUUACUACUUCCAGAGGUGGAUCGACAGGUUGGUCCAGAUGGUUUGAUGAAGUUGAAUGGCUCAGCCCUUAAUAAUGAGUUCUUCACUUCAGCAGCCCAAGGCUGGAAGGAAAGACUAUCAGAAGGUGAGUUUACACCUGAGAUGCAGGUGAGAAUUCGACAAGAGAUUGAGAAGGAGAAAAAAGUGGAACCAUGGAAGGAACAAUUCUUUGAAAGCUACUAUGGUCAGAGUUCUGGGUUGAGCCUUGAAGAUUCAAAGAAAUUGACAGCUUCCCCCAGUGAUCCCAAAGUAAAGAAAACCACAGCUGAGCAACCAAAAUCUAUGCUUCCUUCAGAGGCCUCUCCUGUCAAAAUACUCCCAGGCAUUUCCCAGUCAGAGUGUAAAGAAGAAGCAGUACAAAUGCCUUCACCAGUCAAAAAAGAAGAACAGGAAAGCCAAGAUGAGGCACAGCCAAAUGUCAAAUUCACAGAGCCCCUUCUUGCCUCAGCUACCAGUGCAAAUGAGCUUACUGGCAUUUUUCCCAUCAAGUGCCCAAAGGAUGAGGAUCCCUUGGAGCAGAAACCAACUGCCUCUGCUGCACAGGAAUCUGAGAAAGAGAAUUAUCAUACCACAGUUUUUAAUUAUAAUAAAAGUGAAAGCCAAGAAGCUGUAGUUACAUCCCUAACCAAACCCAAGAGUCCUGGGCUGGAAAAACCAAUAAUGAAGUCCACAGCAGAAGCAGGACCCCAGGAGACCAGCAGCAAAGAACCUCCCACAACUCUUGUUGAUCAGAGCCCAGAAAGCCUAAAGAGAAAAUCUUCUCUGACUCAAGAAGAGGUCCCUGGAAGCUGGGAGAAAAGGCCACGUGUCACUGAGAAUCGCCAACAGCCAUUUCAGGUCUCGCCACAGCCCUUUCUCAAUAGAGGAGACAGGGGCCAGGUGCGCAAAGUACCACCUCUCAAGAUCCCAGUCUCCAGAAUCUCCCCCAUGCCGUUUCCUACAUCGCAGGUCUCUCCCAGGGCUCGUUUUCCAAUCUCCAUCACUAGUCCUAACAGAACAGGAGCCAGAACUCUUGCAGACAUCAAAGCAAAAGCCCAGCUGGUCAAAGCACAGAGGGCAGCAGCUGCAGCUGCCGCAGCCGCCGCUGCAGCCGCCUCAGUUGGAGGGACCAUUCCAGGACCUGGCCCUGGGGGUGGACAAGGUCCAGGAGAGGGUAGUGAAAGAAAAACUGCUAGAGGAGGGAGUCCAGGCUCAGAUGGAGUCAGUGCAACUGGAAAGGGCCCCACACUGGAACUGGCAGGAACUGGAAGCAGGGGAGGUACGCGAGAGCUUUUACCCUGUGGUCCAGAGACUCAGCCCCAAUCUGAGACCAAGACCCCAGGCCAGGCACAGCCUCAUAGUGUCUCUGGAGCACAACUACAGCAAACCCCCUCAGUGCCUCCAGCAUCUGCCAUCAGUGGAGCAUGCACAAGUGUCCCAUCACCAGCUCACAUAGAGAAAUUGAACAGUGAAAAACUGAACCCUGCCAGGGCAUCAGUCACAGUGGCUUCCCCUAGCCACCCACAAGGGCCUAGUAGUUACAGACAGGAGAGAGCCUCUUCUUCUCCAGCAGGCUCUGCUCUGAUCUCAGGAGCUUUGCCCAUUUCUAUUGUAGCUGAUGGCACAGUUGAAUCCAAAGCAGAUUCUAAUAUGAACACACCAAAUCCUUCAGUCUCAGCCAAGACAACUGCUAGUGCAGUAGUGGAUACAUCCCCUACCCCUUUAACAUCAUUAUUGACAACAGCCACUUUAGAAAAGCUUCCUGUACCCCAGGUCAGUGCACCUGUAGCAUCUGUUGGGUCAGCUUUGUCCUCGAACAUUUUGUCAGCAGCUUCUAGCCUUAAAACCCCAGGAACUUCUGCAAGUGUGAAUGGGCCCAUUUCAAGACCAAGCUCUAGUAUCCCAGCUAAUAAUCCUUUAGUUACUCAGCUGCUCCAAGGCAAAGAUGUUCCCAUGGAGCAAAUUCUGCCUAAACCUCUCACCAAAGUUGAAAUGAAAACUGUACCACUGACAACUAAAGAGGAUAAAGGGAUGGGAGCACUCACAGGCACCAACAUAACAGAAAAUAGCACCAGAGAAGAAGUUAAUGACAGACAGUCCCAUCCAGCUAUCCAGCAGCUGGGGAAAACCGUGCAGAGUAAGCAGCUUCCCCAGGUUCCAAGGCCCCUGCAACUCUUUUCAACUAAGGAUUUAAGGGACUCUAGCAUCGACACACACCAGUACCAAGAAGGACUAAGUAAAACAACUCAAGAUCAGAUCCUUCAAACUCUUAUCCAGAGGGUUCGGAGGCAGAACAUUCUCUCAUUUGUGCCGCCUUCACAGUUUAACUUCGCUCACUCAGGUUUCCAGUUAGAAGACAUCUCCACAAGCCAGAGGUUCAUGCUGGGAUUUGCUGGCAGAAGGACAUCCAAACCUGCAAUGGCAGGUCACUACUUACUUAAUAUUUCCACCUAUGGCAGGGGUUCAGAGAGCUUUAGGAGGACCCAUUCUAUACAUCCUGAAGACCGCUUUUGUCUUAGUAGCCCCACUGAAGCCUUGAGAAUGGGGUAUACAGAUUGUAAAAAUACAACAGGAGAUAGUAGCAGCAGCAAAGAAGAUGAAACUGAUGAGGAGAGUACUGGCGAUGAACAGGAAUCUGUCUUGGUAAAGGAGGAGCCCCAGGCUUCCCAGAGUUCUGGCAAGCAUGACACAAGUUCAGGACCCCAUAGUAGGGAAACCCCAUCCAACAAUGAUUGCUUAGCUAACAAGAUUGUGAAGGCUGAGAAACCAGUGAAUGAGCAAGCCACUGUAAGCAAGGAGAAUUACCUAUUUGCUAGAGGCCAAACAUUUGAUGAGAAGACCCUAGCCAGAGAUUUUAUUCAGGCAGCACAGAAACAAAUGGCUCAUGCAGUAAGAGGUAAGACAAUACGUAGCAGCCCUGAGCUGUUCAAUUCUACUGCUCUUUCUCUGCCUGCAGACAGUCCCACCCAUCAGCCUUUGCUCCUUUCAUCACUGCAAACUCCAAAAUUGUAUGGAAGCCCCACACAGAUAGGGACAAGUUACAGAGGCAUGAUUAAUGUCUCUACCUCAUCCGAUAUGGACCAUAACUCUGCUGUACCAGGUAGCCAGGUAUCUAGCAAUGUAGGUGAUGUCAUGUCCUUUUCAGUGACGGUCACUACCAUCCCUGCUAGCCAAGCUAUAAAUCCCAGCAGCCAUGGCCAGACAAUGCCUGUUCCAGCCUUUCCUGAAGAAAAUAGCAUUGAGGACACGCCUUCAAAAUGUUACUGCCGCUUGAAAGCCAUGAUCAUGUGCAAAGGGUGUGGAGCUUUCUGCCAUGAUGAUUGCAUCGGCCCCUCUAAACUGUGUGUCUCCUGCCUUGUGGUUCGGUAAUGAGACUUAAAGAUAAUGCACUGUAAAGAAGGGGGAAAGAAAGGGUUAACAAGAUGUGUUUUUGCAUUAUUUGGAAUCACAGAAAUAAGGUUUCAUCUGUCUUCUUAAGAAAAAUAUUAAUCAGGAAUAGAGAGUACAGGUCAUUUACAUUCUAGAGGAAGAGCACCUUGUAUAGUAAGUCUAAGUCAAGCAAGACUUUUGUGAAUUUGUGACAAGUUUGCACUUAUAAAUCAUGUAAAUAUGUCACAUUUGUUUAACAUUUUUCCAAGUGUUUAGGUAAUAAUGUAUUACUUUAAAUUCAGAUUUAUGUUCCAUUUUAUGUGACUGAGAAAAGUUGAUUGUCAUGCAUGGUAAAAGGAAGCUAUCUCUCUUUUGACCUUUCCUAAGAAUAGGAAAUGGAAAGAGUGGUCUAAACCCAAUGAUUAUUCACACUGAUGAUGUCUUCACAUUAUGGUUGCAGAUUAUCUAUAUAGGUUAUUUGGCCUUUGCACAAUUUGAAUUCAGGAUUUAUACAGCCCCUAUACUUUAGAAUGGGACCUUAUGAAGUAGAAGUCUUCUUUCCAUCACAGGCAGUGUUUCCAACCCUGAAAGCCCUGGCUUGGUUCUUGACUUCUGUGAACCAGUACUGUCAUGAAGUAGAGACCUGCUGUUCCCUAAUCCCACCCUCGUGGCCUGAGACAGUGAUUGUGGUCUGUGAAGGGAGUGCCUCUGUGGGCCCCACUGUAUGACUGUAGUCUCUUCAUGGCAAUCGAUCUAGCAGUUCCAGCAAUAAUACUUUGUCAUUCGUGGGAGCCCACAAACCUGUUUGAAAUACUAGCGUAAGAUGAAAGCAGGCAAGUGUUAGUGAUGGGGUGAUUUAAACUGUCUUGUUGGACAAGAGAAUGAAAUUGCAGAAACUGUUAAACUAAACAUAAAGGAAAAUUAUUUUCACACUAGAAACAAGGUAGCCUCUCUUCCUCUUCCAGCCCUUAAUCUAAUGUUAUAUAGUCAGCUGUUGUCACAGCUAGAAAAGCUCUUCAGUGGCACAUUGGCUCCUUCUGUGCAACCUGUUUUACCUCCCAAGCAUAUAAGGAGGUUGGAGUGAUUUUAUUAAAUCUUAAACACCACAUGUGCACACACAAUACAAGACAUUUUCUUAUUUUUGUCCCCUAAUUUGGAAUUAUUGCUAUCUGUGCUCUAAGGAUGCUUAAUAUAAAGGGGCUUUGGUGAAUGGCUAAGGAAUGUCUGGAAAGGAAGAAAAACAGCUCCAAGUUUUGUUUUUUCUUUUCUUUUUGUUGUGGUUUGAAUCCUUUUCUAGUGACCGAAAAGUUUUAAGUAUGUACAAUUUAUGUCAUGGUUAAAGAACAUUAAAAAAAAAAUUUAGUUUACCAGAAUUUGGCAUGAAAUAGGAGAUUAUCGAUUUGUAUUAUUUGCAUAUCGAUUUCAAGUCUCCUAAUUAGAAGUGUGUAAAGUAAAAAUAUUAGUGCAACCUAGUACAGUUGUAUUUGUACUUAAUACUCAAGAUGUGAUACUUACAAAAUUCAGAAUAAUUUAAACCUAUUAAAUAAGUUACAUUCCAGAUUAGGAAAAAGGAGGCAAUUAUCUCUUUUGCCCGUUCUGCUACCUGCUCCUGCCCACUCCAUUCCCUGCAUCAAAAUCUCUUAAAAUUAACUUAGGAAGCUAUUUUCAUUCUUCUUUUCUGGUUCUUUUGUUGAAGCCCAAGACCAAUAUAGGAUUAAUAUUUGUGUUGCACUUUCAGACAAGACCAUUUGAUGUCCUUUCAUCUCUCCCUUUUCUCCUUUUCUUCUAGCACACACAUAACUAAAAGGGUCUAAGGUCUAAAAAGAAAGGGUCUAAGGGAUCCAGGGAUAAGAAAUUCUCGUGUGAAAAACUAGUAGGAAACAAACCAGGGUUCUGCUCCCAGACUUUGAGUAACUUUGAUUAAUCCUAGUAGAUUUAGAAAGACCUGUCGCUGGUUCCAGCCUGUUCACUUCCUCACCUUGUUAGCAGCACUGAGUGCUGGAGUUUUUUCAGAAUUGACCUUGCACUAAAUAUCAGUUACCAGUUUGAAUUGAUGAAGACAACUUUUCUGCUCUGCUCCUUUGUUGCCAGAAACUUUUUCUUUCAUGAUACCUUUAAUCUAAGAAUGGAUGGACUAUAACCAGGACAGGAAGAAGGCAACAGGGAUUUUCAGGUCCAUUUAGAGAGGAAUUCACAUCCUGCUUCUUCCCCUUGACCCAGGCUCCUGGGCAGAUAAGUUCUAAGCAUUGCUAUCCUCCAGAUUCUAAAUAAUAAUACCCAGCUAAAUGUUUGCAUUUAAGAAUGCGUCAAAAACAAAUUGCCAGCAAGAUACAUUGCCUCAGACUCAACCAGAUGAGAGUCAAGAUUCUCUUAUAUUGGUAGUAAAUUAAAUAUGAAUCAGUUUAUUGUUUCAAACAGUGGUUUCAAGGAGAAAGCCAUUUGUUUUAUAAGCUGAACAGAAAAAAUGCAUUACAGUCUGGCCCUUUCAAUAUUAGAAUUUGGUACUCCAGUACCUUUAAAUCAGUGUUUAUCUUAGCUUUUGAUUGGUUUUACCUUUAGAUUAUUUCUGAAAUGUUUUAAUAAGUGCUAAGCUCUUCUUAGGAUAUCAGGUGGCACAGCUCCCACGACUAGUAAGACAAGCCUGAGCACUUGCCUCCCUUAUGCCCUCUAGCCUUUAGGUAGCCUCCACUGCAGGUCAUCUCAGUCUGAUUUUUAAAUGUUCUAAGUUGUCUAGUAGAAUGUUCCCUGAAUCUUAAAAGAGAUUUUUGAUUAAUAAAAAUUCUUUAUCCUACUAAAUGGAAAAUAAAGCCAAAUAACCUGGAGUUGUUUCCCCUGCUUCAGUUUCUUAACCCCUGUGCUCAAGAUACUGAAGCUGUCUGUGCUAAUCUAUGUAACAUUUUAAUUUAAAGAGUAAGAGCUGGCCAGUAAUGGGGAAUUUUUCUGGGUUAGAGGGAAGCAUGCUUACAUUAGUUGGGAAGGCACACGGAUAUAGGUGGUUCAGAACUUAUCUCAGAUUUAAAUAGCCAAAAGAAGAGCUUGUUGCCUUCCAGGUGAAGGUGCAAUGUCAUUCAUAUUAAUGACCUGCCAGUCAUUAGCCUAAUUGUUUAUUAUUGCCUUCCUUUACCUUAGAGAUCCUUAAAGAACCCUUUGAUUAAAAGAUUUGUUUUAAUGGGGUUGGUCAUUAUACUGCUAUUUAUUUCUGAAAUUCACUGUCAAUAAACAGGGGUAUUUUUUCUUUGAUAUCAUAGCAAGGAGGGAAAAUCUCCCCACUACAUUACAACAGUGUGCUAAGUGAAAAACUUGGCUAAGAGUAGUUUUCAGCUCAAUUUAUAGAAUAGUCCAAAGAGACUGAGAAACAUGAUGCUAGGCAGGGACCUUCCUACAUGUUUCAAUACCUACAACCUAUUGAAAGAAAACAGUAGGUAGUAAGACAUUUCCUAAAGUUGAAGCAAUAGCUUCAUAGAGUCUUGGUUACUUUAUUUUUUUUAAUGCUUUACAUUUGAUACAAAUAUUAAAGAUCAAUUUUAAAAAUAGCUUUCCAGUAAUAUAUUUUAAGUAAUAUAUAUUUUAAUAUCUAUGUAAAAAGUGACAGUGGAAGACUGAAUUUCUUAUAUAUGGUAUGUUUAAUGUAGGACCUCACUGUUUAAGGCACAAAUUAUUUCAAAGGAAGUUACUCCGAAGACACUCAGAUUAUUUUAAAAAAAAAAUGCAAUAAGGGGAAUAGUUUUGGGGUUUAUUUUUAUUUUAAAAGAAAAUUCACUUAACUUUCCACAAGCUAUUUUUUCCCCACUGGCUUAUAAGGUUUGUACAGACUGGUUUGGUAAAUGCUAAACUUUUGUGUCUUUUGCCUUUUUAAAGGAAUUGUUAACAUUGGAAUUGAGGGUAUGUACAGAGAAGUUGGUGUCAACACCAUUUAAUAAGUCAUAUUUUUUCACAAAUAUAGAAAAAUCAUUUUACAUAAGAAUUUUAAGUAUUUGCAAUAAAUAUAUGUAUAUAGAUUGUAUGUAUUCAUAUAUUCUUAUUUUUCAUUUUAUUAUUAAGCAAAAGAUAAUUAAAAGUGAAAUUGAAAACCUUGGAGUUUUUGGUGAAUCUUGAGGUCUGACAUCUAUCUGAGAGUGGCAUGGGGAGGGGCCCUCAGUUAUUGCCUUAUAGUAUUAUGAGAAAAGAUUACCACAGACCUUAUGGAAGAGUGUGAAAUGAGGUAUUUGGUGAUAGAUUAGGAUAGUGCAUUUCUUUCAGAACUUACAGAAAAAUAUUGAAUUCUCCUCCCCAUCUCCAUGUUUUCCUAACAACUUUAUGUUACUAGAAAGUGGAAGAAAACAAAGGGCAGUCCAUUUUUUAAUGUACCUAUUGUUUGCUUCUAAAACAAAAACUGGUAAGGAAUAUAAAGUUUUUCUUUCUUCACAAUGAUUAAUAGUUCACUAGCAGGCAGUCAGUGUCACCAUCUUCCAGGCCCUAGGAGUAUGUGAAGAAAUAAUCUCUUGAAGAUACAGAAAACUUGUUUCCUGUUUCCCAGUUCUUCUCUGAGAAGUGAGUUUCAUAACCAGUGUAUCUCAUGUCCUGCCUGCUUCACUGAUCUGGAGAGUUCAGAGAGCCAGGAGAACCUUGUGAAGAGAGAUAGCUAUGCUUGCAUUAGAUUCUGACACUUCUUGAAAUGUUGAACUCUCUCCUGUCAGGAAUGACAGGGAGAUGACUGAGCCAGAUGUCUGGAGAGGUCAAAUGUCUUGAGUCCCAUACCUAGAAUGCUGUCCAAGAGGACUCAUUUUGUGGUUAUGAAAUACUUGAUUUUUAGAUGUGAUGGGGAGGGAACAAAAUGAUACCUAAAUAGAUGGUCUUUGCAAAUAUGUAGCCUGUUCUUUUAAAUGGGUAAUGCAUAGAAAGAAAAGUUGGAAAGGUUACAUUUUCAAGAAUGUGUCUUGAUGACCCAUGAAACCAUUUAUUAUGAUUCACUAGUUCAUUCUCCCUAAAAUUGCCCAGCUCUGAUUUUGUUUUCACUGGGGGAAAAUUUUUUUUCUUUGUAACAGUAAAGAUACAUAGCAAUACUUAAAUAGACAAUGUUAUUUUUUAGACAAUGUUAUUUUUCAAAAACUGAAAUUUCAAAUAUCUGGAUUACCCAAAGACAUUGGAGAUAGUUCAGCCAUCCAAGAGAAGAAUAUUCUAUAGCUUAGCUGAAAAUGUACUGUUUCGAAAGGAAAUAUUUCAUAAGUCUCAGGGAACAUCAGCAUCCUCCAUAAUUCCAUAUAUAAUAGGAAUGAAGGAGAAAUAUUUAAAUGUGUGUAAACUAGCCCAUAAUGACCAUUUUUCAAAGAUUGACUCUCCAUUUCUAAUAUAUAUUUAUCAUUAUUUAAACAGGUUACCUACCUCAUGGGAAAUAAAGUUUAUAUUCAGGGAACCUAAAGGUAUAGUUGGUCUGCAGUUCAGAGAGAAAGAGCAAUUACCAGAACACAAGACAGCUUCAGCUACCCUUUAUUUACUUCAGAGUCUUAGAAGCCUGUGUUCAUUUUAUGCACUACUUGACAUCUGCUGUUUCUGAGAAGUCGUUUCAUGGCAUGUUUCUCACUUUUUGUGUGCAAAUCAUGUUACUAACUCAAGUAUUUGUUGGAUUAGGUACUAAAGUGCUGAUUAUAUAAGGUAAGCAAUAUUAGGUAAAUUGAAAAAAAAUAUUUUCCUAAAGUAGUAACUAUAUAGCAUGUUCAGGACUCAAGGAAUAGUCAGUGCUACAUGCUUCCAAGACAUGUUAAAAGAGCAUGAAUGAGUUAUAAAAUAGAAGCAUUUGAGGCACUAAGUGAAACACAAAGAAAAAAAAAAGGUAUUGUCCCUAGUAAAACCAGGCAGCAUGGAAGUGAGGAGCCAGGUUAAAAUUUUACUUUUGAGGUUGGGGUUGUGUCUUGGUGGUAGAGCACUUGCCUAGCACAUGUGAGGCGCUGGGUUCAAUCCUCAGCACCACAUAAAAAUAAAGGUAUUUUGUCCAUCUACAACUUAAAAAUUAAAAAAAAAAAAAAAAAGUUUUUACCUUUUUUGAGAACUGUUAUUGGAAUAUAUAAGAAAUCUAUUAAAUCUAAAUUGGAGAGAGGCAGGCCAAAUGUAAUGCUUUAAGAUAACCCCAGGCAAGUACUAAGUUCAGUUAACCCUUUCAAGAUAACAGCUAGGCAAGUAACACAGUUUCAAAUCCAAAAGAAACUCAAGGAAAUUUUUUAUUAAAAAUGUGAUUUUCACCUUGCAGUUGAGAAGGAACUGAAUCCCUUCAUUUUGAAUUUACAUUCCUGUUUUCUCCAAGAAUGGAAAAAAUACAUUAAUAUUAUUGGUUUUCUAUCUUAAUACUAUAGAAUUGACCUUUUUUUUUCUUUCAAGUCACAGAACUUGAAUUAAAAAGGGCUUUAGCAUGACCCUAUACCUUUUAAUUUUAGUAUAAAAUUAAAAUCCUAAUUCUUAUUCUAGAAAGUUUGAGGUAGAAAAGGUUUCAAAGGAUAAAUAAUUACAUUUUUUCAGUGCUUACACUUGAAUUUUACUUACCACUUGUCUUUAACACAGAUUAUUGGAUUUGCAACUCAACUUCUGUAUGCCAAAUUAUCUAUUUAUGUUCCAGUUAAAAGAGUUGUUAGGUGUAUUCCACUGUAUCACAUAGUCUCAAUUCUGCCCAAGAACUAGGAGGAUGGAUAUAAUCUAUGUUCCUAAUACUUGGUAACUUUCAACGGAAGAUUGGAUUUUUUUCAUAGAGACCAUAUGGACUAAGGAAUAAAUACUCCAUACUUCUAUGUAGAUUUCAGCCUUAACCUACAAAGGGGAAUCCCUACACAGUUCUUCCUAAGGAAGGACAGGAAACCUGAUCUACUAUAGAGAUGGGCUGUGCCUAGAUAGUGGGUUUUCCUAACAGUAACUUCAAACCCCCCCUCCUAACUCCAUUCAAACCCAAAAAGCCAAAGGGAAAACAUCCUGAUUUUCAUCUUAACUGGAAAACAUAAAUGAUACUUUGCAGGGGGAGAUAAACCAAAUGUGAUUUUAAGUGGAUUUAACUGAACUUAAAGCAGCUUAAUUUUUUAAAAAGAUUUUGAGUUCACUUAACAUGAUUUUCAGUUGCCAUGAAUAUAACACAGAAUUUGGCUUGAGACAUUUAUGGACCAAGGGGUGGUUUUCUGUUGGGCUGUGUUAAUUUGAAUUUGGGGUUGUGUAUCUACCUAUAUCUGCUAAGUGAAAUGGAACUUGGCUUCAUAAGCACUCUUAUUAGACCCAGGUGACUCAGUGCUUCGUUUUAUUAAGUUUAGUCAGGGAUCUUCAUUUUGAAUAUUUUAAAUUCAAAUAUCCUAAUAAGAAAAUAAUGAAUUAAGUCAUACCAGAAUAUCUAAAAGUAUUUUAGAACUUAUUUUACACAGCCUAUGUCCUUCCAGUGGAGCAUAUGGUAUAUAAAACUUCAUGUGUGUUGGGUUAAUUCUUUUAAAAAGCAGAUUAAGUCAGCAAUGUUAGGUUUUCAGGCAAUAGCAGUUUGGAGACUUCAGUAGUGCCCAGCUGAAUCUACGUAUCAAGUUUUCAAACAAUCUUGAUUCUUCCCGAGUCUCAUAUUUGCUACCCCUUUGUUAGAUGAGGAGAUGGGUUCUAGACUGGGAAGGAUAUAAUUUAUUCUCUGAUAAUAAAGUACUGAUUAAAGAGCAAAUAUGUUCUUUGAGAAUUCACAAAAUCUCUAGAACCCAUGGAAGAUCUGGAGUACAUGACAAAUGAAACUAGAAAUUAAGAACUUUUCUCGUAGCCAUAAGUGCUUUGACCUAUUUUUUCAAAACUCAGUUCAGUAAGUCACUGCAUCACACCUUUCACCAGCAGCAAGAGAAAUCAGAAUGGGAAAAAAAGACCUUAUGUUGGUCUUGUUCACUUUCAAAUUUUUGUGCACAUAGGCCUUAGCACUUUGACAGAUAAAACUCUUGCCUUUUAGCUCCUCACUAUUGACUUUAUUCUCACUUGUUGACUGUUCCUUUUAUUGGUCAUAUAGAAACUACCUUCUUCAGAGUUGAAUGUAUAACAAUGUUUCUGCACAUGGACAACCUGUAUUUUAUUUUAAUGACUCAUGUUGAAUAAAGGCAUACAGUUUUACUCUA